ACAACGGUUGCCGCGUAACAACGUCGCUGUGAGCGCUGAUUGGCUCCAGCCGGAGUUGCGGGACGUGAGUUACUGCAAGGCAGCAACAUGGCGCUGAACAGAAACCACACGGACGGCGGAGGUGUCAUAGUGAACAACAACGAGAGUGUUUUGAUGUCCUAUGAACAUGUGGAGCUGGCAUUCAGUGACAUGGAGAACACCCCUGAUGUUUUUCGAGGGACCAAGAAAGGGGGAGUCAUGCUAACACCCUACAGGGUGAUAUUUUCAUCCAAAGGAAGAGACCCAAUGCAGUCGUUCAUGAUGCCGUUCUACCUGAUGAAGGAUUGUGAGAUCAAGCAGCCUGUGUUUGGAGCCAAUUUUAUCAAGGGCACAGUGAGAGCAGAGCCCGGAGGCGGCUGGGAAGGCUCUGCAACAUUCAAACUUAUUUUUCCUGCGGGGGGAGCUAUUGAGUUUGGCCAGCACAUGCUACAAAUGGCCUCACAAGCUUCAAGAGGGGGACCACCGCCCGAUGCAUUUCCAUAUAUGCCCAAUGGAGGGUGUGCCUAUCCACCACCUGCAGCUAAUGGGAUGUAUCCUUCUCCUACUGGCUAUCCCUUCCCCCCACCACCUACAGACUUUUACCAAGGGCAUGACAGUUAUAUGACAUACAUGCAUCCUCCACCUCCUCCUUACCCAGGACCUAUGGGAUCGUCAGCUGCUUCUGCUCCUGAUUUGCCUUCUACACCAGCAGCUGAGGCGAAGGCUGCAGAAGCAGCUGCCAGCGGUUACAGCAGUCAACCCAACCCUCCACACCUUUACAUGCCACCGGAGUUCCCUCCUCCACCUCCUUAUUUCCCCCCAGAGAACAAGAAGGACCAGUAAGGAACCUUAUGAGAAGCAACUUCUCUCCAACAUCUCCAGGACCAGAUCUUCUGUAGACCCCGGGAGCUGACUUCUUCCAUUAAUACAUUACAGGGGUGUGGAACUCUUAAUCAGCCCUCAUAAAGACCUUUGCAACACCACCUUCCCUUUCGGUUUGUCCCCCCGCAUUCAACACUCUGAGUUAUAUCAUGGCUGACAAGUCUGAAUUCCUCUUCCUGUACAACGCAUGCCCUAAGGCUAAUCCCUGAAGCCUGAUUGCUGUGCACAUGCUAAUAAUUUUAAAGAAAUUAAUUUAUUUUGAAAGACGUAAUUCUAAGCUAAAAUAUAGUGUGUGUAAUAUAUUAAAUUGAAGUGAAGGUUUA